CUCUUCCCAAUUGAAAAACCUUUAAAUCCCAUUAUCAGCUGUUUCAAGUUGACCAAGUUUUUUUCUUAUGGUCCUUUUCCCCUAUUUUCUUCUUUUGAUUAUACAUUUUUUUAACUCGAUUUUGUUCAAAGUCUUCUUCCCUUUUUGUUAACAUUAUUGUCUUACAUUUUUUGAAAGCGAGGUUGUAAUUUUUAUUAAGAGAUUCGUAAUACCUUUGUGAAGAGCACAUGCUUUUUUUCUUAGAUCAUUUUUGAGAUAGAAUCAGAAAACAGAGGAAGUGAUUAGAGGUUCUUUGUUGGUUUGAAGAUGAGUUCAAGAACUGGAGCCUUUAUGCUCCUGAUCAUGUUUUUCUUCCAAAUUUGUUCUGUUUCUGCGCUCACAAAUGGUUUAGACUCUUCUGCUUUAAAUGCUCUGAAGGCUGAAUGGACCAGUCCUCCUGAUGGUUGGGAAGGCUCUGAUCCUUGUGGAACCAAUUGGGUUGGAAUUACAUGUCAAAAUGAUCGCGUCGUUUCAAUAUCACUAGGCAACCUAAACUUGGAAGGAAAGCUUCAGCCCGAUAUUUCGUUCUUGUCCGAGUUGCGGAUCUUGGAUUUGUCUUACAAUCCUAAAUUAUCCGGACCGCUUCCACCAAAUAUCGGUAACCUUGGGAAGUUGAGGAACUUGAUCCUUGUGGGAUGUAGUUUCAGUGGUCAAAUCCCUGAGUCCAUUGGAAUGCUAAAAGAACUUAUAUAUCUCUCCCUAAAUUUAAAUCAAUUUAGUGGAACAAUUCCGGCUUCAAUUGGCCAGUUAUCAAAACUAUAUUGGUUCGAUAUAGCAGACAAUCAGAUUGAAGGAGAGCUUCCAGUUUCUAAUGGGACUUCUUCACCUGGACUUGACAUGCUUCUUCAAACUAAGCAUUUUCAUUUUGGAAAAAACAAGCUUUCGGGCAAGAUCCCAAAAGAACUUUUCAGUUCAAACAUGACUUUGAUACAUGUGCUAUUCGAUGGAAACCAGUUCACGGGCGAAAUCCCAGAGACCCUCAGUCUCGUUAAAACGUUGACGGUGUUACGCCUUGAUAGGAACAAACUCAUUGGAGAUAUUCCUUCAAAUCUUAAUAAUCUCACAAACCUUAAUGAACUGUACUUGGCCAACAACAGAUUUACUGGUACUCUUCCAAAUUUAACAAGCUUGACCAAUCUCUACACAUUUGAUGUGAGCAAUAACACUUUGGAUUUCUCACCCAUUCCAUCAUGGAUCUCUUCAUUACCCUCCUUAUCAACAUUAAGGAUGGAAGGGAUCCAACUUAAUGGUGCAAUACCAAUAUCAUUUUUCAGCCCUCCUCAGUUGCAGACUGUAAUUUUAAAGCGCAAUAGUAUAGUGGAAACCUUAGAUUUUGGUACAGACUUUAGCAGUCAGUUGGAGUUUGUGGAUUUACAAUACAAUGAAAUAACUGAUUAUAAACCAGCAGCUAAUAAAGUCCUCCAAGUAAUAUUGGCAAAUAAUCCAGUGUGCCUAGAGGUGGGAAACGGGCCGAAUUACUGCUCAGCAAUCCAACACAAUACCUCAUUUUCUACACUCCCAACAAACUGUCCACCCUGUGAUAAGGGCAUGGAACCAAGUCCUACGUGCAGCUGUGCGUAUCCAUUCACGGGAACACUCUACUUCCGGUCACCUUCCUUCUCAGGGUUGUUCAACUCCACUAACUUCUCAAUUCUACAGAAGGCAAUAGCGGAUUUCUUUAAGAAGUUCAAUUAUCCUGUAGACUCCGUGGGUGUCCGAAACAUAAGAGAGAAUCCAACUGAUCAUCAACUUCUAAUAGAUCUAUUAGUCUUUCCAUUGGGCAGGGAGAGUUUUAAUCAGACAGGAAUGUCACUUGUUGGUUUUGCAUUUAGCAACCAGAGUUAUAAGCCUCCUCCGAUAUUUGGCCCUUACAUUUUCAAAGCCGAUUUGUAUAAACAGUUCUCUGGUGUAGAAGGUUCAUCAAAGUCAUCAAACAAAAGCAUUCUCAUCGGAGCAGUAGUUGGUGCUGUUGUUCUUCUACUGUUGUUAACAAUAGCUGGGAUUUACGCUCUUAGGCAGAAGAAGAGAGCAGAGAGAGCAACUGGUCAAAAUAAUCCUUUUGCCAAGUGGGAUACGAGUAAGAGCAGUAUCGAUGCUCCACAACUAAUGGGAGCAAAAGCGUUUACUUUUGAUGAGCUAAAGAAAUGUACAGACAACUUUUCAGAGGCAAAUGAUGUUGGGGGUGGAGGUUAUGGCAAGGUGUACAGAGGAAUUCUUCCCAAUGGACAACUCAUAGCAAUCAAAAGGGCUCAACAAGGAUCUUUGCAAGGAGGGUUGGAGUUCAAAACUGAGAUUGAGCUUCUUUCAAGGGUCCAUCAUAAGAAUGUUGUCAGACUCUUAGGCUUCUGCUUUGAUCGAAAUGAACAAAUGCUCGUAUACGAGUACAUUUCAAAUGGGUCUCUUAAAGAUAGUUUGUCAGGGAAGAGUGGAAUUCGAUUAGAUUGGACAAGAAGGCUUAAAAUAGCACUUAGUUCAGGCAAAGGCUUGGCUUAUCUUCAUGAACUUGCUGAUCCUCCAAUUAUACAUAGAGACAUCAAAUCAAAUAACAUCUUACUUGAUGAAAAUCUAACUGCAAAAGUUGCUGAUUUUGGCCUCUCCAAACUUGUGGGAGACCCUGAGAAAACUCAUGUGACAACACAAGUCAAAGGAACCAUGGGGUACCUUGAUCCAGAGUACUACAUGACGAAUCAAUUGACGGAGAAGAGCGAUGUGUAUGGGUUUGGUGUGGUGAUGCUGGAGCUAUUAACCGGUAGAAGUCCUAUAGAGAGAGGCAAAUAUGUGGUGAGAGAGGUGAAAACAAAGAUGAAUACAUCGAGGAAUUUGUAUGACCUACAAGAAUUGUUGGACACAACGAUCAUCGCAAGCAGUGGGAAUCUGAAAGGGUUUGAGAAGUAUGUAGACUUGGCUUUGAGAUGUGUGGAGGAGGAAGGAGUUAAUAGGCCAUCAAUGGGUGAGGUUGUGAAAGAGAUUGAGAACAUAAUGCAGCUUGCGGGUUUAAAUCCUAACUCGGAUUCAGCUACGAGUUCAAGAACGUAUGAAGACGCAAUCAAAGGAUCUGGUGAUCCUUAUGGCAGUGAAUCGUUUCAGUACAGUGGGAAUUUCCCAGCUUCAAAGCUUGAGCCCCAAUGAUUGAUUAUGUCUUCCUUUUUUCUUUUUGUUAUUUCGUAAGUGACUUCACUUGAAAUGCCUUGUGAAUGUGGAGUAGCAUGAUUUUGAUAUGUUUGUUAUGUGGUCGUUGACUAUAAAGCAGAGGAAGUAAGAUACAUGUAAUGAAUAUAUUAAUUCUUGUUGAGAA